AUGAUAUCAAUCUUGCUAUUUCUAUCGAUUUUUGGAUUGGCUGAGUCAUCAAUUAACUGCUAUUAUACUAUUGGCAAACCUGACAUUUCGGAAUUGCCUGGAAAAUGCGAUUCAUAUAUUUUGAUUGGCUCAACAAGGAUAAACAAUGAAACCGGAAUUUUUGAAGCGAAUAAAGAAGGUAAGUUGGUUUUCAAAAUUAUCUUUUAAAAAUUUCAUAUCAAAAAUUCAGAAGUCGAGAAGUUUUCUCAACUAAAACAACUUCAACCCAACAAAAAACUCCUCAUCACUAUACUGUCUUCAAAUCCUUCUUUCACAAAAAUGUCCUCAAAUGCAUCAUCAAUUCUCAAAUUCUCAUCUGACACAUUGGACUUUUUGAUUUAUUACAAUUUGGAUGGAAUUGAUAUUGAUUGGGAGUUUCCAGUCUGGAGUUCUGAUGCCAACCAAGAUGAUCGCAUUUAUUUUCGGAAUCUGUUAGAAGUUUUAUACGACAAAUAUCAUAAUAAAGGAAAAUUGAUUUCUGUUGCUGUAUCUGGUCCACCAACAAUCACAAAAAUCGCAUACGAUGUUCAGGCUUUAGCAAAGGUAAUUUUUUAAUAAAUUAAUUAUAGACAGAAGUACCGAAAAUUCAUAAUAUUUUCUGUCAGAUACGCUGAUAUGGUUCAAGUGAUGAACUACGAUUUUCAUGUUUUCUCCCGAAAAAGCAAUCCACUUGUUGGUUUCAAUGCUCCACUUCAUCCAUUGAGAUUCGAAUUCUCGUUAUUGGCAAAAAUGAACUCGGAAUCAUCGAUGAACACGUGGUUUUCGUUAGGACUUCCAAGAAAUAUCACAUAUUUUGGAAUUCCAACAUACUGCCGCGCUUUUCGUCUUCUCUCCAAAUAUUUUUUCAAACCAUAUUCUCCAGCUGUUUCAGCAAUUGAUGAGUUCACAGAUUAUGAAAGUGUUUGCUAUUUGACUGAAAAGAAUUCGAAUUAUAGAAAAGUAUGGAAUACAAGAGCAGCUUCUCCUUAUUUAUAUGGUAAUUUUUUUUUGAAAAAUCAUUUUCAAAACCUUAUUGAAUUUUAGGUUCCGAUCGUCUUUGGAUUUCCUACGAAAAUCCCGAAAGUAUUCGACAAAAAGUAACUUUCGCCAAAACUUUGGGAGUUGCUGGAAUAAUGGUGUUUUCCGUUGGAAAUGACGAUUUUCACGGAAAAUGUGGACAAGGAAAAUAUCCUCUCAUAAAUUCAAUAGAUUUUUAA